AUGAGACGAAUGCGGAUCGUCGUGUCACCAUUGCAAUGCUGGCCCGGCUUGAGAAAUUGCACCCUCUCAUCGCGAAGCCAGCGACCUGCAAGGUGCGAUGUUGCGGACCGGAAUCUGUCGACUUCCGCCGCAGUCCAUGAUGACAAGCCGCCGAGUCCCAUCUGCAAUGGAGAUUUGGCAAGAAUGGUCGAGGAAGCCCGGAGCCCAUUGAAGAGAGGACGCAGAGCUACCGAGGUUGCAAUAGGCUCCCACGACUACCGGUAUGGAUCGACGCUGCGAGGUUGGAGUAAAAAUGUAGCCGCUUCAGCCCAAAGGAGAGACCGCGAGAAGGGCUGGCAGUCCAACAUAGAUGCGAACUAUCUUCUGGACCUUGUACUUGAGCAGGGCGGCCUGUGUGCAUAUUCUGGAAUACCGAUGGAACUGCUGCUGCCACACUCGCAUUGGAGGGUGUCCAUCGAAAGGAUCAAUAACAGAAAGGGGUAUAUUAAAGGCAAUUGCUGCUUAAUUGCAGCUGAGUUCAAUACAGCAGUGCACAAGAUGCGUGACGAAGCCGGAGCUCCCACCGGAUCUGCACAAUGGUCCAAGCAGAAAGUCGAGGAGCUUGUCCAUGUUCGGACAGGGCAAGUGCAGGCGCAACGGCUGCAGGAAGGCAUUGCCAUUGCAAGGAUUCGCCCAUCCCCGACUGGACCACUCUCAUACAGAACAUUUCGAGGACCAGAUGAAGAGGGAAGGUGUUUUUGCAGCCGCUGUGGCAUUUGGAAGUGGCAGUCGGAGUACUCUAAGUGUGCCGCAAGCAGGACUGGCAUGCAACCUCUGUGCAAGCAAUGUGCCUGUGAUGCGAAAUUAACCUGGCUGCAGACACUGCGGGGACACGGGAUAAGCCUGCUGACUACGGCCCGCCGAAGAGCUACUAGCAGAAAGGGCGUGUGGACCGGAGCUUUCGCACUGGAUUUGGACGACAUACUUGUCAUGCUCUGGAUGCAAGGUGGACGCUGCUACUACUCAGGUGUGCCGCUGCACUGUGCAGCAGGCCCUGCCGAUUGGGCCUGGUCCAUCGAGCGUCUAGACAAUUCCGUCACAUAUACGAAAGAGAAUUGCGUCUUGAUUGCCCGAGAGUUUCAGACCUCCGACCACAGUCGCAAAAAUGCGGCAUAUCCAGUUUUCGGCACUGCUCAGUGGUCACGAAGCAAGGUGAAUCACGUUUGGGGACUCUACCACGAAGACUGUGAAGCUCGAGUUGUUCAGGGUUUUCCCGGGCCUAAUUAG